CACACACUCCCACAGUCCCAUCAUGCUUUCCUCUCACCACUCAAUUCCCCUCUCCCUUCUUCGUCUCCCAACCCUAUUUCUCCUAAUCAUCUCCACUUCCUCUGCUUUCACCAUCAAAGAAGCCACUGUGCAAGACCUUCAAUUAGCUUUCAAGCACAACUCAGUAACCUCAAGAAAGCUAGUUCAGUUCUACCUCCAUCAGAUUCGCAAGCUCAACCCUAUCCUCCGAGGGGUUAUCGAGGUCAACCCCGAUGCACUCAGUGAGGCCGAUAAGGCCGACAAAGAACGGAAGGCAACGUUUCAGGGAAGGUUACCAGCUUUGCCGGCACUGCAUGGGAUUCCGAUACUGCUCAAGGACAAUAUAGCGAGUAAGGACAAGCUCAACACGACGGCCGGGUCGUACGCGCUGCUAGGCUCGUUGGUUCCACGCGAUGCUGGUGUUGUGAAGAAGCUGAGGAAGUCUGGGGCAAUCAUUUUAGGGAAGGCUAGCCUUACUGAGUGGGCCAAUUUCCGCUCUUCCAAUAUGCCUAACGGAUGGAGCGCUAGGGGCGGCCAAGGACAGAAUCCCUAUUUUCCAUUAGCCGACCCAUGUGGCUCAAGCAGUGGAUCUGCAAUAUCAGUGGCAGCAAAUAUGGUGGCAGUAUCAUUAGGGACAGAGACUGAUGGUUCAAUUCUCUGUCCAUCCAGUUUUAAUUCAGUAGUCGGAAUCAAGCCCACUGUUGGACUAACUAGCCGGGCUGGGGUUGUCCCGAUCACUCCAAGACAGGACACCGUUGGACCAAUCUGCCGCACAGUUUCGGAUGCAGUAUAUGUACUAGAUGCAAUUGUGGGCUUUGACCCAAAUGAUGCUGAGGCAACCAAAGAUGCAUUGAAGUUCAUUCCUCAUGGUGGCUACAAACAGUUUUUGAAUGCAAGCGGGCUUAAAGGGAAGAGAUUGGGAAUAGUGCGGACUCCAUUCUUUAGCUUCUCCAAUGGCUCAGUCAUCGCUGAAGCUUUCGAGAAUCAUUUUCGUGUUUUAAGCCAAAGAGGUGCUACUUUGGUAGACAAUUUGAAAAUAACUAACAUCGACAUGAUACUAGAUUUCACUACAAGUGGAGAAGCAACUGCGAUGUCUGCUGAGUUCAAGCUAUCCUUAAAUGCUUACCUAAAAGAGCUGGUUUCUUCUCCAGUCACAUCUUUGGCUGAAGUUAUAGCCUUCAACACGAAAUUCUCAGAUCCGGAAAUGAUCACAGAAUAUGGCCAAGACAUCUUUUUGGAAUCUGAGAAAACAAAUGGUAUAGGCAAGACAGAAAAGGCAGCAUUGUUCGAUAUGAAGAGAUUGACAAGAGAUGGGUUUGAGAAGCUGAUGAAGGAGAAUGAACUGGAUGCGUUGGUAGCACCAGACAUUGCAAUUUCUACUGUUCUUGCAAUUGGAGGAUUUCCAGGAAUUAGUGUUCCAGCUGGGUAUGGACACAAAGGUGUGCCUUUUGGCAUUUUCUUUGGUGGGUUGAAGGGUUCUGAGCCAAAGUUAAUUGAGAUUGCUUAUGCAUUUGAGCAAGCUACCAAGGUCAGGAAACCCCCCAUCCACCAAACUAAGCCAUCUCAGUAAUGCCCUGUUUCCUUUUU